AUGGAUGGAUACAAUCAGAAGCCCAAUGAGAAGCUCAAUGAGCUCCCGACCAAAGAUGAUGAGAAGCUCCCGACCAAAGAUGAUGAGAAGACCAAUGAGCCCAAGCCCGGAGAUGAGAAACUUCCGUCAGCUUCUUCUUCCGCUGUUGAUAGUGCGAUGAUGCCAACAAAGACCACAAGCAGUUCCGAGAAGAAGGAGGCAUGGAAAGUGUGGAAGUUUGACAUUCAGAAGUUGCUCGCCAGCUUGAGCACCGAGACAAAGGCAACCCUUGACGGCUACGACAACCCAAAGGACCAGAUUAAAGAGAUCGAGACCGAGAUUGAACGCUUGACCUCACAUGUUCUCUAUCUGGAGAAGAAGGAAGGCAUCACAAAGGACAUCGUGAAAAAAUCCAUCUUGGGUGAGAAUGUGACCUUCUACAUCCAUUACAAGAAGAAGGAGAAUGACCCCGACGUCGUCAAGUCCCUCACCUUUAACCCUGUGCUCAACAACUCCGCCAAGCUGAAGAGUGAGGCGUGUCGUCUCUUCAACUUCUUUGACGCCAAGGACCAGAAGAACCUACACCUUUUCUUCAAGGGCGUCCAACUUCCAAGCCAAGGACCAGCAAAGUUGAACGGCGAUGCUUUCGCCAAAGUCGACAUCAUGUUGAAGGAUGGCGAUCAUCUCCGUCUUGCGUGA